AUGCAUAAAGAGGCCAUACUCUUAAAGAAAGCUCUUGAGCGAGCAGAGCGGGGUUGGAUUGAAAUGACAGUCUCCAUCUCCACUUUUGAUGACCUUGCGCGCGAGGGGCUCUACGCUGUCCCAGCAAAGGUGAUACGAGAAAAGGACGGGGGGGAAAAAAUCAAGGGGGUGAUGCCGCAUGCCAACGGUGCUAAUGCCAUCAGGUCGGGAUCCGAGUGGGAUGUUGCACGCGGAAGAAUCAUGGAAUUCAUUCAAGAAAAGGGUUACAACUUUGCAGCCAUCAAGUCUGGCGCCAUAUCCAAUGUCUAUGUGCUUGAUAUAGACACAAAGGACAGCCUUGAAAAGGAUAUCAUGGCCGACAUGCCCCUCUGGCAGCGGUUGAUUGCGGAACAUGGGGACCCUCCGACUCUACAGGCAUCCACUCAAAGUGGGGGAAUCCAUCUCUACUUUUCAUACGUGGAGUCGAUCAACAACGGGCUGAAGUCCGGAAAGGACUUUGUUGGGGUCGACGUUGGCGGCCAACUCUAUGGAAUUGACGGAAGAGGCGAGGGCGGCAUUGCGUUCUGCCCACCGAGCACCCUAGAAGACGGGGUGGCAUACACAUGGAACAUGGCGCCUAUGGAACAUGGCGCCUAA